CCCCGCCUGCACGAGACACUCCUGCGCUGUUGACAGGGUCGAAAGCGCUGAACGGUUUGCGGAACUUUUGCUUAAGUUUGCUUGGCCAACAAAACCGUUUACACAAACCAGUUUUAGAUUAUUUAGCAGUUCGUUCUGCUGUACUGCAUUACAAUCGAGAAAGGGCAAAAUGUUAUCAACUCUCACUGAACGUUACGAAGCGUUUUUUAAGCAGAAGAAUGUGGUUACGGAUUUUCUAACAAUGUUGGAGGAAAAAACUGGAGUUCCGAAAUUGUAUAUUGCAACAGGUGCAGUGUCUUUAGUGGCAUUGUAUCUCCUAUUUGGAUAUGGUGCCUCUCUCCUCUGCAACCUGAUUGGUUUCGCAUACCCAGCAUACGCCUCCAUCAAAGCCGUAGAGAGUAGCAAUAAAGAUGAUGACACCAAAUGGCUAACCUACUGGGUGGUUUAUGGACUCUUCAGUGUGGCUGAGUUUUUCUCUGAUAUCUUCCUCUUUUGGUUUCCCUUUUACUAUGUAGGAAAGUGUUUGUUUCUUCUGUGGUGCAUGGCCCCGUUCUCAUGGAAUGGCUCUCAGAUCAUAUACACUCGUCUGGUGCGACCUUUCUUUCUUAAACAUGAAGCAGUGUUUGACAAUGUUAUCAGUGACUUGAGUGGCAAGGCCAAAAGUGCAGCAGAAUCCGUGGCAAAGGAAGGUCUUACAUUUCUGAACAGUGAAAAGGAUAAAUAAUUGAUGCAAGGGAUGUGAAUAAUCAUUUUACCAGGAGCCCUCUGUUUACAUUUUUUUUUUUGCCUCAGUCAACAUUUUGUGAAAAUUAAUUAAACCCACUGAAAUGAAGAAUCUGUACUGCAACUGAGCCAGAGAGCACAAUCACCACAAAAAUUGUUCUUUUAAAGUUUUUGAAUUUCUCAAAAUGGUCCUCAGAUGUUGAAUUGCUAUAUAAUUUACUUCCACAUUGAUAUUUACAUAGCACUGUGACCAUUGAAAUGUUUAUUCACUGUCUUUUAAUAAUAAAUGAAGCUGGAAAGAUUUAUAUACCUAAAUAUAAAAAAUUUAAUUUACCAAAAUUUUAUAUUUCUUGCCAAAUAUUAUUUCAAACUUUUGUUUUUUCCCCCCGUUGUGUCUCAGGAACUGUUAAAUCGAACUUGUCUUAUUUGUUCAUUUAUGUAUUAGUUUUAUUCAUGUCAAUGCAAUGUUCAUUAAAUGGUCAAACGUAUGUAGAUGUCCCCUUCUAAAUAAUGGGGUUCAUUACUACAGUAGUGAACCCCAUUAUUUGUUACACCAUUAAAAGACAUUCUAUAGAAUUUUGCUUUCAACUGUGCUCUCUGCAUUAUUUUUUUAUAAUGUAUUUGUAAUUUAUGAUUUUCAAUGGAAUUGCUGUAAUUGCUAAACCUGUUAAUCUACAUACUUUUGGUCAUAUAGUGAAUAUAGGCCUGUUAAUGCAUUUGUUCAACUCCUUUUCGGUAAGAUGUAGCAAGCAAAUCAUUUAAAGUCAGUGUAUUUAUGUGUUUCUAAGACUAUCUAGAAAAACAUGUUGAACUGAUCAUCGAUACAGAUAAUUGGUACAAGUAUUUUAAAUUGUGGCCCUGUAGGUUCUGUUCUAUGCAAGAGUUGAAUGAGCCACUUUGUGACUUCAGUGAUCAAAGAACCUUUCUGCCCAGGGUCCUUCGUCUGAUAGACCAACUGGGUGUGAGGGUUCAUUGGGUUCCUUCAUGCACCUAUGAAGAAUGAGUGACCACUCAAAGGAAAUGAAAGAUAAAGAGUGGUAACAACAGUGGAAGACCUUGGGAUUUGCUACUUGAUUUAUUCAUAACAUUUGUGGGAUUGUGGGUUAAGAGGUCUGAAAGUCAGACCCCAAAAAAAUGAUGAAAAUAAAUUGUACCUGCUGUUUACAACUGUAAAUUUGUUAAUGUAAAGUGUUUUUAUGGAGAGUUGCAGUAAGAC